AUGCGCCUGGCACCUGUGGCGCGCCGCACCACCAUCGCCGCCGCCACCUCGCCCAACCGCGGGGGUCGUGAAGAGCCGGCCAUUGCGUCGCAUUUGCUGCCUGCGGCUGCGGCCUUGGCCCUGCAAGCUCUGGGGCUGCCGGCCAUCGCAACUGAAGCGGCCGGCCAGUUACUGAGCGAGCCAUCUCUGGUUGAGCGCGUCGCCGCAAGGAGUGCCGGCCCGACCACCACCGGCAUCCCGGCGCCCACAGCACCGCUGCUGCAGCAGUUUGAGACAUUCAGCGGCUGGGUUUCCUACGGCGCUGGCGUCGGCAUCACAAUCGCACUUCUGGUUGAGGCGGUGCCCCUCAUCGCCAUGUCAAAGCGUCUGACGCUGCGGCAGUCGCUCAAAUUCAGCGCUGUCACGGCUGACGCGCCGGGCCGCCUCCGCUGGGUCGGCAUGUCUGGGCUGAGCCUGCUGCCGGUGACGUGCUGGGCGGCGUGGCUGCUGGCGGCCUGGACUGAGCGCGAGGAUGCGCUGCGCGCGGUGUACGUCGCGUACGCACUGCUGUACGCCGUGCUGCUUCUCCAGUUCACCGAUGGCUUCACUCACCCCUUUGGCAGCCCCAUCGCGUUUGCCAUCUGGCUGGCGUGCGGGCUGCACAUCCAGAUGCACAGGGUGCUGCGCACCAACCGCGUGCUGUAA